GUGGAUGGUAGGAGUCAGGGCUGGUGCUGAGCCAGGCACUGCAACACAGGGAGGGGGUUGGAGGGGGCCAGGGCCAUCCCCAGGGCUGGGCUGGGGAGGACUGCCUGGGAGGAGAGGCCGUGUCCCAGCAGGGCCUGGCCAGGCUCGGCAAGGAGUCCCAGGGCAAGCACAGGCCUGGCUGUGCCCUGGGUUGGUGGGUGCCUCUAAGGCUGCUGGGGACGUUCCCCUCUCACUCACUGCUUUCUGUGCCCAUACAGGGUGGGAGGCCAAGGUGGUACUGCUGCAGAGACAACGUGGAGAAUAACAGAGCUGCGGACCUCCACAAUGCUCUACAGUACUCAAGGACACACUCUUCCACAAUACCAGAUAUGGCAGAUAUACGUGCAGCAUUCCGUCAAAUGCAGAGAAGACUUAAGAUACUACACAGACGCUUGCAAAUUGCAAUCAUGGAGAUGUCAGAAGACGCCAAUGACUCCUCUUGCAGUGACAGCUCUCUCACUUCCAUGAAGGCAGCAGAAAACUCCAGCUCUUCGAGGGAGUCUCUUGAUGUGAGGGGGAACAAGUCCCUCACCUCCAAUAUGGCAGUGGGAGCCCGCAGCUCCUCAGAGGUCUCCCUGUCCUCAAGGAGUGAUGAGUCCCUCACGCCUGUCGAGACAAUGGGAGCUGUGUGCUCUUCAAGGGCCUCUCCAUCCUGGAACGACAGCUCCCUUGCUGACGAUGCAGCAACAGAAGCUGGCUGCUCUUCGAGAGCCCUUCUGGCCCUUCCCAGGGAAGGCUACUGUACUUCUGUCAGUGCGCAUGAAGGCAGCUGCAUGGAACAGCUAACCCUGAGCACUCCUCCUUUGCUUGGAGCAGCUUCGGGUCAUGCUGCCACGGUCCAGCCGGACCUCAUGCUUUCGGAUGCACUUGAGCCCCAAGAAGCGCAGGAAAGCUCAGCCCCUCAGAUGGAGGUGGUGCCCAGAGUGUGGAAGCCGCUGCUCCUGGAUGAGGCUGUGAAAAGGCAGCUGGAGCAGCACCUGGUAAAACUGCAGAUACAGCGGUGCUUUGGGCUACCAGAGAAGGUUCUGGCCUCCUACAAGAAGUUCUCAGAGACCAAUCAGGAGCCACAAGACUGCCAUCCUUCUCCACACAGCAACAAUGUGGAGCCCUACCGCUCGCCCUUCCUGUGCUGGAACAGGCACGCUCGCACCAGGAAGAGAGCAGUGAAGCCCCCUGGCUCAAAGAAAAAGUCCAUAGCCCCUGUGAAAAAGUGCACAAGAGGAACACAGAUGCCUGCCUACUCUCUGUCAGCUUUCAUGAUAGUGGCAGAAGAGUAUCCUCAGGAAGAUCUGGUGAAAUCCCAGAUGAGCAGGAUACAUAGCAGAACAGUUAGAAGCAGCAGAAAAGCCAGAAAGAAGAUCUGUCCUGUCAGCUUCACAGAGGAGAAGGGCACUGUGACAGAAGAGGAUGAUCUUGGUCCCUCCUUUUCCAUCCUGAAAGAGCAGACAGUGCCACAGAUCGAGGGAGCUCCUCUGCAGAAGGCAGGACAGGACACUGAGAUCCCCACCGUGCCCAGCGGGGGCAACACAGGGGUCCAGGAGCUGUCACAAGGCAGGACUGCUCCUGCAGGAAAUAAUGCACCACAGAUAGAAGAGGCUUUGAGUAAGGACACUGCCACAGCUGUGCCACCACCUCAACACCAUGAAGGGACCAGCCUGGAAGAGACACUCAGAGCACUUACAGACUUCUACAGGGUCGGCACAAGGGCUGAAAACCAGGUGAACCAGCUGCUGGCUUCCUGGCUGGAGCAGUCCCAGGACGAUGCUGGGCACAGAAGUUCAGAGCCAGCAGCUGACUGUCCCAUUGCCACGCUGUGCAGAACACAGAAAGACACACAGAAUGGUAAGGGACUCAGGCAGGACAGAGUGAGGCCCAGAAGGCUCUGCCCCAAGUGCUGCGAAGCCCAAGGACGUGGUGUGCUUGGCAGAGAAGGCACCUGGACUUCAGCUCCACUUGCAAGUGCAGCAGCAGGCACAGGAGGGGACGAGGCAGUGGGCGAGAAACAUCCAUCUGGGGAAAGGGCCAAAAAUCAAGGCCAGAAUCAGACUGCUGAUGCUGUCCAGCAGCCAAUGAGGGCUCGUAUCUACAGAUACUUUGUAUCAAUCACUACAGUCCAGCAGAGAUGUCAGUUUCAGCCACGGACAGGCUCAGUUGACAGGCACACAUCUUUGCAAGCUGCUGCUAUGGUGAUCCCCUUCCUCCUUUGCAGGCAAAGCCCUAUGUUCCAAAAUCAGGAAGAAGGGAAGUGA